AUUUCAAUUACGAAUCACCAAUUUAUCAUGUGUUAUAUUUCCAUCAUCAUCAUCGUUUUUAUGUACUACCGUCCGUAUUCCACCAUCUAGAGUAAAAUUAUUAUCACAUUACAAUUAUCAAUCUCGUACAGCAUCUACUAAUGAAAAAUCUCUCACAACAUCUUUAUCUUCACUUUUACCAGCUUCACAAAGUACUACCUUUCGUUCGAACGAAUCAUCGCUAACUUCACCAUUUAAAUGGGGUGUUCCGAAAACAAAAAGAAAACGAAAAGCUACUGAACGAGAUUCAAUUGAUGAAUAUUUUGAAGACAAAUACCAAGCCAUCGAAUCGACUAGUUUCUCAACGAAGCCACCAAUUAAAUACACGUUACGUCCAAGAAAGUCAAUAGAGCAGUUUGAUGCCUAUUCUUCCGAUUCAUCGAAUUCAUCUGAGGAUAACAACCACAAUUUAUCCACACAAUUAUCAUCAGGAAAUACGAAUCGAAAAGAAGAUAAUAACCGUAUCAUCACUUAUUGGAAAUUAAAACACAAUAUAUCUGAUCACGCGGUGAAUGAAUUACAUAAAAUCCACUCUUCUAUACCAACUAUUUGGUCAAUAAGAAAUGUACGUAAAAGAUUAAACAAUAAUAUACAUGUGAAGAAUACAGAAUUUGGCUCAUAUAUUACGAUGGAAGAUGCUAUUAAAACUUUAAUUCAUAUAAAUGCCUCUAUAAUCACAAAAAUACGAACAGCUAUGACGAUACGCUUAUCUAUUGAUGGCACACAAAUAGGCGAAAAGUUAAAACUACUUGUAUUAUGUAUUAGCUGCCCACAAUUUAAUUCAACACAGCAAGUUUCAUCCAAAUUAUUACCAAUAGGAUUAUUUAAAAUUGACGUAGAAGAUUAUGAAACAGUCAAAAAAGUUAUACCAAAUGAGAUUAUUCGUAGUAUAAUUCAAGAAAGAAAAUUAAUUAUUAAUGAUGAACGAUUUUCGAUUAAGUUUAGGCGAGCUCAUAUUAAAUUUCAAGUUAAAGAUGGCAAUUUAACGACAACAGGCAGAAUUACAAAUGGGAUGCAGCGAAAUUUUUUUAAUCAAAUACCUUUAGGAAGAAUUUUGUAUGGUAUACCAACACAAACAUUUGGGAUAAUGUAUUUAAUUACAAAUUUUCACCAACUUAUAAAAUUAUACAGCAAACGUCAAUCACACAAUCAAUAUUUCGCGAAAUUAAAAAGAGAUUCUAUAGAAUGGGUUAAGGAGUUUGGUGGUAUAUUUGGAGAUGCAUAUAUUACACCAUAUAUGCAUGUACUAAGUGAUCAUAUGCAUGAAUUUCAAGAAUUGGAUGAAGGUGGCGAAUUAUCCUGUUUUAAUCUUCAGGGUGCUGAGAAAUAUAAUGACUUAACGACUGUAGACUACUUCAGAUCAACAAACAAACAUCACAAUUCGACAGAACAAAUGAUUAAAAAAAAAUUCCAGCAGGCAUACAUGUUACUGAAUGAAGAAGAAACAGAAGCAUUAUUCAAUGAUAUUAAUUUAAAAAAUUUGCCUCUUAAUUCCUUCUACGAUCAUGAAACUAUAUAUGUGUUUUUGCCUUCAUAA